CUAGCAUAUUGUCACAAUGUCACCCACUCUUUGCUAGCUUGUUUAUUCUCCACUUCCCGACACAAUAAUGGAGCAUUUCCAUUAUUUUCCAUUUUUCAUCCUUGCGUUUGUUCUUUGUUUCCACAACUCUUGUGGCUUCUUCCAUGGUGGAGAUCCUUCCGACUCCGGCGGGGAUUGGAAGAAUGGCCAUGCCACCUUCUACGGCGGUGCUGAUGCUACCGGAACAAUGGGAGGAGCAUGUGGAUAUGGAAACUUGUAUAGCCAAGGCUAUGGUACAAACACAGCAGCCUUAAGUACAGCAUUGUUCAACACCGGGUCGAGCUGCGGGGCAUGCUACGAAUUGAAGUGCAAUGAAGAAGAUCCAAGGUGGUGCCGCCCCGGCACAAUCACCGUCACCGCCACCAACUUCUGCCCACCUAACUAUGCCUUGGCUAACGACCACGGCGGGUGGUGUAAUCCUCCCCUCCAACACUUCGACUUAGCUGAGCCCGCUUUCCUUCAAAUCGCUCAAUACCGGGCCGGAAUUGUCCCCAUUGCCUACAGAAGAGUUCGUUGUGAGAAGAAAGGGGGAAUGAGGUUUACAAUCAACGGACAUUCAUACUUUAAUCUUUUGUUGAUAACAAACGUUGGCGGACCAGGAGACGUCCGAUCAGUGUUCAUCAAGGGGUCAAAGACAGGGUGGAUGCCCAUGUCAAGAAAUUGGGGGCAAAAUUGGGAAACACACUCUUAUCUCAACGGUCAAAGCCUCUCUUUCCGAGUCACCGCCAGCGACGGCCGCACCGUCGUCGGUUUCGACGUAGCUCCGCCGGACUGGCAAUUUGGUCAAACUUUUGAAGGUGGUCAGUUUUAAGAAUAAUGCAUGGACACCUCUUAUGUCUUCAUGCAUCUUUUCAAAUGGAAAAGACAGGAAAAAUACUCUAUUGUUAUUUUUCCUCUUUUCUUAAUUGGUAUUAUUGUUUAUUUUCUCUAUUUUGAAAUGGUAUUGUAUGUAUAGAUGUGUAUGGCUAUGAUGAUCAAGGGAUCAAUGUGGUCUGCUAUUGGGUAUAUUUAUAAUUUGGAUAAAAUUAAAGCAUGCAAUCAUGCAUUCGAUUUUUAUGUA